AUGAAAAAUCAAAGGAAAUCAUAAAGUCCUUUUAGAACUACUCAAUCAAUAAUGAGAGAUAGUCCCAAUACUUAACUGGAUGAAUCAAGCAUUUCGACCAACAGAAUUCCAUAAAAUAGAGAAUCCACUAGAGCAAGGAUGAAAAUUAAUUAAUCUCAUAACAAUGCCUUAGCUUAAGGUGGAUAGAUUAGAAAAUAGAUUGCAAAUGAAAGAGCAUCAGCAAACGGUGGGAAUCCUAACGAAUUUAAUCCAAAGAAAUUUGUGACUAAAGAUCUGAAAGAAUCUGAUAUUAUAGAUAUCAAGCAAGUUUUUGAUUAUUAUGAUUCUGAAUAGGCUGGCAUAUUAUCACCAAAUGAUUUAGAGUAAUUACUCUCAAGUUGUGGAUAUCAUCCAACUAAAGAGACUCUAUAUGAGAUUUUUUCAGAAUUAGAUGAAGACGAAUUAGGAGGAAUUACCUUUGAAUAUUUUCUUGGUAUUUUGAAUCAGGAUAAAUCUAAAUCAGAAAGAAAGGAUACAAUUAGGAGGGUCUAUAGGAAAUAUGAUAAAAAUAAUAAAGGUUUUAUAACCCUUCAAGAUUUAAGAUAGGUCGUCUAUAAAGAUUUGAAGGAGGAAAUUGAUGAAGAGGUCUUAGCAGAAAUCUUUAAAAAAACUGACUCUAAUCAGGAUGGAAAGAUGACAUUUGAGGAUUUCUAUAAUGUAAUGACCAAAAAGGUGUAUUAUUGA